CUCCAAUAUCAACGGCAAAUAUACACCAUGUAGGAGACAAUUGCAUGCAAGUAGCUGUAAUUAUCGCAAGAGAGUUCUAUCUACCCAUAACUUACGGCAGAAAGAAAGUCCCAGCCUUGUCUGGUCAAUUUGCCUGGCCAUGAAUUGGGUCCGUUUGUUGGAUGGCUGAGCCGCCAGCCACGACAGGGACGCGUUUCAUGUCAUGCAAUCGCCAAUCAGCGCAGUAUAUUCGUUUGGAAGGUUGAUUAAAUCUGCCCUUUUCAGCAUGACUUUAGGUAGCGGCGAGGAUGCCUGUUUAAACUGUGAUUUUACUAGUCCUCGAUUCCCCGGCUAGUGGCGUAGGAUGCUAGAGGCACACUGUGCCUGGCAACUCUUGCGAGGCCCCUGUGGUUUCGAGGCUGAGGUUAGAGAAGGUAAACUAUGGUUAUAAAUAGUGUGAACUACCCAUCAGCUGAAAGGCGAAGUUUUAUUUAUCAGCGAGGUAGUUUGGCUUCCAUCAAUCGCCCACAGUUUGCCCAUGAACCUCAGAGAUUAGCAGCUUAUUUCAGUCUUUCGGUUUCUCUCAGAGUCCCUGAGUUCCUCAGUCUCUCAUCUUUGCCCACCAUCUCAAAUAAAAAGCCCUACUCUAAUUUGAUUUCCGGCGCCCACUUUCUUCCCUUAUCCAACGCCAACACACCUCGUGUGUUUCACCACAACAACCACCCAUCGCCAUGACGGCCGACGAUUACUCCGCCAUGAACGGAAGUUCAUCCGCAAAAGCAAAGAUGGAGUUAUCAAAGACACUUAAGAUUCAGCUCUCGAACCCAGCUCAGCUGGACAAAAUCGACAAGCUUCGCGAGCUGGGGGUUGCCAAGUUCGUUGCCCUCCCACAGCUUGUUGUCGUUGGUGAUUAAUCCAGCGGAAAGAGUUCCGUAUUGGAAGCAGUAAUGGAGCUUCCUCUUCCUCGCGAUAGUGGGCUCUGCACACGAUUUGCUACGAAUAUCACGUUUCGUAGAUCCCCUCAGACAAGCAUUACUGUUUCCAUCAUCCCCGGGCCCACUCGAUCCCCCGAGAAGGUAGAGGAACUGAAGGCAUUCAAGAAGACUGGAUUGACUACACUUGAUGGUCAAACCUUCCUGUCGAUAUUGAAAGAUGUUUGUCAAGUCAUGGGAGUCACUGGACCAGGAGAAUCCCCAAGCGCCACCAAAUCUACAUUCAGUGCAGAUGUCUUCAAGAUAGAACUGAGUGGCCCAGACCGCGAAAACUUGAGCAUUAUCGAUAUUCCUGGUAUUUUCAGGACUGCUACGGAGGGUGUGACUACCCAGGACGACAUUGACUUGGUAAAAACUAUGGUCGGAGAUUGGAUUCAAGAUGAGAGGACCAUUAUUUUGGCGGUUGUGUCUGCGAACGUCGAUAUUGCCACGCAGGAGAUUUUGACCAUGGCUGAGAAGGCUGAUCCAAAGGGUCUUCGAACUUUGGGUGUAUUGACAAAGCCCGACCUUGUUGAUGACGGCGCCGAGCAUCAAGUCAUCGACCUUGUAAUGGGAAAGCGUAACAAGCUCAAGCUCGGAUAUUGCAUUGUCCGCAACCGCUCCCAGAAGGAGCUCGAUACCGACUCUGACUCUCGUACGCGCAAAGAGCGCAGUUUCUUCGGUACCGAUCCAUGGUCAUCACUUCCCAAGGAUCGGGUUGGGGUUGAUGCCCUUAAGAGUCGUCUCCAGGACCUACUUUCUGAGAUCGUCCAGAGAGAGUUCCCAAAGAUUAAGAGACAGAUCGAGCGGCGCCUUAUACUCUGCAAGAAGAAUCUCUAUGCAAUGGGCGCUGACCGCGAGUCAUCUGACCAACAGAGACAUUAUCUGGAGGGCAUUGCCGCACAAUUUGAGAGAAUAACCAACGACGCUCUCAGUGCCAAUUAUUGUCGCCAUGACAUAUUUGGGCAAGACCACAAUCUCCGAUUACCAACUCUUGUGGUCGAUCGCAGCGAUCGUUUUGCGGAAGAUAUUAGGAGCAAGGGCCACUCAGUUGCGUUUAAAGGGGAUACGAGUGCUGAAGCGGUUACCACAACAAACAAGAUAGAGGAAAAGUCGGCUUUGCCAUCAGCAAACAAUGGAUCUGACGAUGCCGAUGAAUCCCAUGUCAGUAAUGAAUCUGAUGGCGACGCUGAGUCUGGCCAUAAGUUGAGAUUGGAUUCUAAGAGCUCAAAAUACCCGGAACUUUUGGAUAUUCUCCAACAGGAUUUGUAUAUAUCACUUACGAAGGGGUGUGAUAUUCUGGCCUGGAUCGAAACCGAGUAUCGCAAAGCUCGAGGCUAUGGCCUCGAGGUGAUGGAUCCUAAUAUAUUGCCAAUGCUCUGGCAGGAGCAAUCAUCCAAUUGGAAAGGGAUUACGCUUUCGUUCGUGAACGAUAUUAUUGUUUACGUACAUGACUUCAUCUGUCGGCUCUUGAACCACGUCUGCCCGGAGAGUAAGGUUCGAAAUGGACUUAUCUCAUUCAUCAUGGAUGAUCUCCUUGACAAGUACAGCGCGGCCAUUAAACACGUUGAGUUUAUUCUGCGCGUCGAGCGCCACGGCACCCUGCUCACGAAGAAUCACUACUUUGGAAACACACUCAGUAAGAUGCGAAAUGAGCGUCUCGUCAAAGCUAUGAAGCAACAUGAAUUCCUCACGAAUCGACAGGAUGCAGGAGGCGCCUGCCACUAUGUCACUGUAGUCCCGGUCUCCGGUAUGACUAGUGCUCUUCCCCAAGGCAAUCUAGAACACGCUGUCGAUGACAUCCACACCGUUUUGAAUGCCUAUUACAAGGUUGUGAUGAAGCGUUUCAUUGACACGGUCGUAGCACAAGGCGCAGACUAUUACCUUCUUACCAGCGAUGAGAGCCCGUUGAAGAUUCUAACACCGCUGUUCAUCUCCUCCAUGACCCCCGAGCAGUUGGACGAGAUCGCUGGAGAAGAUUUGGUCACCAAGAGAGAGCGACAGGAGCUCAAGGAGGAGAUCUUGGCGCUGGAGCAGGGAAAGAAAUUGUUGAGAGGCUGAUAGGAUAUUGCAUCGCAAACUGGAUAAUGGGUCUGUUUUCAUGUGCCUGUUUCUGUGUCUUGCAAGCAUGGGGUAAGAUGUUGGCUCCUAUGAUUGCCAUUGUUCAUGAUGCGGUAGUUGGCUUGGGUAUAG